UCCUAGCAUUUUACUAAAGAAACUGUGUGAUGUAUUGAAAAACAAUUUCCCUUUGUGUCACGCAGAAAAAAAGGAAGUUUUGGGACCAUAGGAAGAAAUUCCUCUCUCAAGAGUUUGGCAUUUCCUCUGAGCUCACACACUGAGAGCCCGCUCUCCCGUUUCACAAAGUGCUCGCUUGCGACAAAAGGGGGGAUUUUCAAACAUCCUGAAUGAGAGGAAUCAUCUUGCCCUCGGCACACGCCGCAUCCGCAAAGAAACUUCACAGGGUGAACUUCCCCUUUCACAACAGUUUUUGCUCAAGAGGACAGAAAGAACAUCAGCCUGGUCUUAUUUUCAGCAUCUGGGCGAGUGGUUCAGCAUGGGCUAGCCCCAACUUUUCCCACACCGCUGGAGUGGACUGGAAGAGAGCGGGGAGGAGGAGGAUGAGCGUUUACACUCUCAACCUUAGGUUGUUCUGGCCGCUGGUCACUUGCAUCCUCACUGCUCUGUUGCUUUUGCACCAGUAUCUCUUUAGAGGAUCCGAGGAGCAAGGGAAUGACUGCGCUGACCAGGGACCUGGAGCUGUCACGCUCUUCAAGUACAUCCUAGCUUUUAUCCUAUGUUACUUCUUUAUAAAGUACUGCUCAACUCAACCUGGCUCUGCCAGGAAGGGUUUCCACAAAGUCCCGGAGGUACAUGGAAAAUCAGGAGUCUCUAAGAGAGAGCUACUGGACGAUCAUUACGAGAGGCAUGUGCGUCUUUCUCCACAUGUGCUGGGCCACAGCAAAGCCCAUGUUGCCAAACUAGUGAGUGAACUUGUCAGAGUGGGCCGCACCGAUGUCCCGCCAGAGUCUUCUCUGGCCUUCCGAGGGGACUUCAUCCAGAUCGGCAGUUCCUAUGAAGAGCACAAGGUGGGCUCACCUGACUGCUUCGACAUUCUUGUGCCUCUGAGAGCACCUCGUGGGCUAAAACUUGAGGCUGGUGUUUGCACUGACAAACCUGGAGGGCCACCGUUUUGCACGCUGAACACACCUCGCAAGGGAGAAUGGACACGCCGUCACAAGGCCUUCAUGGACACGUUCAUGCACUUGAGCAGUACUCAAAGUGCCUACAGGAUGAGCCCAGAUUCAAUCCAGCGCUGGUUUUACACAGCCACCCAGCGGUGCCUCGCCGCCGUCCGUUAUCCGUUUGAGCAGCGUUGCUCCCUCAGCCUGUCUCUCAGUGAGGAGCAGCAGGUGCUCCUCCGCCUGACCCCUCGCUCCGAUUACGUCUGCUGCCACAUCUCCAUGGGCAUUCGGCUGAUCCCAGCCUUUCCUCUCGGCGAUGGCGCCUUCCUGGUAUCAUCCCGGCAGGGUCAGCGAGGAGAAGACCUUUGGACGGUGUACUUCCCCAAACAGGAGCAGAGACUGCUAGCCUGGCUAAAAGGCAGGCUACCCCCAAACUCGUGUCAUCUGAAGUGCCUUCAGCUCCUGAAAGAGGUACGCAACCUCAGUGGGGAGACUCUGGACCAGCAGUCCGGAGCUGAGUGGGGAGGAGUGCUUUCGUCCUAUGCUUUGAAGACUGCAUGGCUUCGUCUGCUGCUCAGUACACCCCCUGAAUCCUGGGACGAGUGCAACCUUGUGGACCGGCUGGAUGAUCUUCUUCGCAGUCUAAGGGAGAGCCUGCAGUCUCGGGCUCUUUGCCAUUUACUCCUGGGAGGCGUAAAUGGGUUUCUGCCAGACUCUGUCGUUCUGCCCAAACUCGUAAAGGAGACGGUACCCUCCAACCUGUGGGCAGAAUUCAGUGACGUCACCCUCGAUAUGGUCUCCGCCCGACUGGCCUACUCCUGGAACCACCUCCCUCGCCUAAUUCGCCUCGGGCGACCGCAGAGGACCAGCCUUGGCAGAGGCGUCCGCUGCAAAUAUAUUGAUGCAGAGUAAAGGUCAACUAUAUCUGGUAUUGCUGAACACAAACAGAUGUUGGUCGCUACAUGUUAGUUGUUUAUGUUUUUGGAAACUGAUGUCAGAUAUCUUUUUUUUCUAAAUUAAUUUUAACUUAAGUUGAGGAGAUAUUUUUCCUCAAACGUAUCAGUCAAAAUGUAAAUGGCAGCAUUCUUUAGGUACAGCAGUGCUUUUAUUAAAUCAUUUGUACUGUUCAAAUCAGCAUUGUAGGACGUACUUUGAAAAGCAAGGUUGCUUGAAUAUCAUUUUGUGUUUUUUUUUGCUCAUGCAAAUUUAUUUCUAUAAAAUCUGAUAUGUUAAAACAUGCUGUUCAAAUGAACAUUAACCUUUUUAUAGAUACAAUUCAUACUGCUAGAACUGCUAGACUUGUGUUGACUCAGGGUGACUAUGAUGUCACGGUUCUAAGCAGUCAAAAGAGCAUAAACACCAAAGUUUUUCCACACCCACACAGUAUUAGUAAUGCCAGCCUAAACAGAUGAACAUCCUGUUUUGAAGGGAAGAACUGCAGUGUGACCACUGUAGAAAUAUCUGCUGUGACAUUUUGAUUAAGCAAUGUAAAAUUGAUGGCAUGAUCAUUGCGUAGCGCUUUACAAAUCCAAAUAUUUUGAUUUUUUUUUUUGCAGUAUUGCUUAAUUGAUUGCCUAAGCAUUCCAAUGAUGAGUGAAAUCAUAAUUGGUGCUUUAGUUCACCUCAGUUCAUUACCUUAAUUGGCCCACCUAAGGAUAAGGCACUGAUGGCAUGCCCUUUGCUUCACUUCAUCUUAUUUGUCUACAGGGACCCCAACGUGCGUGCACAUGAUCUUCUCCCUCAGAGACGUGCCUCUACAGGCUGUCACCAUGGAGACACGCUACCUCGGCCCAGGGUCACUUAUUCAUGCUGUAGCUUUAGUCUUAAUGGCUGAUUGCAUUGCAUUCACUUUCACAAAGCAAGUAGAAAUCUGUAUUAAUGUCUUGUGGGUACUGAGUGCGACAUGAUUAGUUUGUUAGUCUCUUUCCUGUUCAUACCUCAUCCAUCACCCUGUUCUUGACCAAAGUGUUUGUGGUCAUGUUUGUCAGACGUAUCUUAGUUUCAUCAACUUCACAGGGAAAUAUUUGUGGUACCUAAGCAAAAGUCUUUGAGGCUGUUGUCUGAAAGCAGAACAGAAAAUGAAAUAAGGAAUUGAAACAGGGCGCGCUCUGAAAACAAUGCUUAAAUGUAGUCCAAAACAAGUGAUAUGAAAUACAGAGUAACUAAUGUUGAAUGUAUAUGUAUAUUAAUGUAUAAUUUAUUUAAUGUAUAUUUGGUACUGUAUGUGAAUGUAAGUUGAUUGUAAAGCACAUUGUACUUGAUGUACAUACUAGAGAAAGCAAUCUGUAUAUAUAUAGUAGAUAUAAUUUAUAUAUGUACUUUAAUACAUGAAUUGAAAUAAAUAUCUAUAUUUUGGACUGCA